CGAAGGGGCGCGCAUGCGUGGAGGGGGGAGCCUGCUGACAGAUUCUCGGAGGCAUCGGUGGUGGCGGCGGCCCUGGACUGCGGGGAAUGGGAAUCCUAGGGCCCUGACUGAGCACCGCCCCCGCCUCCCUGCCCCCGACAUGGCUCAGGAGAAGAUGGAACUGGACCUGGAACUGCCUCCGGGUACGGGCGGGAGCUCGGCGGAGGGCGGCGGCGGGGGCCUUAGGAGGUCUAACAGCGCCCCCCUGAUCCACGGCCUCAGUGACACUUCUCCGGUGUUCCAGGCCGAGGCGCCUAGCGCCAGGCGGAACAGCACAACGUUCCCGAGCCGCCACGGCCUGCUGCUGCCGGCCUCCCCCGUCCGCAUGCACAGCAGCCGCUUGCACCAGAUCAAACAGGAGGAAGGCAUGGACUUGAUCAACCGAGAGACGGUCCACGAGCGAGAGGUGCAGACCGCAAUGCAGAUAAGCCACUCCUGGGAGGAAAGUUUCAGCCUGAGUGACAACGAUGUGGAGAAAUCCGCCUCCCCAAAGCGCAUCGAUUUCAUUCCGGUGUCACCAGCACCUUCACCCACCCGGGGAAUUGGAAAGCAGUGUUUUUCGCCAUCCUUGCAAAGUUUUGUGAGUAGCAACGGAUUGCCUCCAAGCCCUAUUCCCAGCCCAACUACUCGAUUUACUACCCGGAGAAGCCAGAGUCCCAUCAACUGCAUUAGACCAAGUGUUCUUGGACCAUUGAAAAGAAAAUGUGAAAUGGAAACUGAGUAUCAGCCAAAGAGAUUUUUCCAGGGCAUCACCAACAUGCUUUCUUCUGACGUUGCACAGCUGUCAGAUCCUGGUGUGUGUGUAUCUUCAGAUACCCUGGAUGGAAACAGCAGCAGUGCCGGGUCUUCUUGUAACUCACCAGCGAAAGUCAGCACUACCACCGACUCUCCUGUGUCACCUGCCCAAGCGGCCUCUCCCUUUAUUCCAGUAGAUGAACUUUCAUCUAAGUGAUUCUCCCAUUCUGAAACUUUCUUUCUUUUUUCUUUUAUUUUUUUUUCAAUGGAGAGACAGAAAAAUCAAGUUGGAGCAAGCACUGAACUUUGUUGAUUAAUCUGAGUCUAUUUCCUAUUUGACCCUUUUCCCUUUUUUUGGAAUUUCCUGAAAUGUUAUUCUAGAGAACUUCUAUGUCAGGUUCCUGCGGAUGCCCUUGAAUUCAGUGUAGUAAUAUUUUCAGACUUUUUCCCAAUAAGUGUGUUGAAGCAUACAUUUUACGCUGCUAAUAUGUCUAAAUACAUAUGUUAUCCCUUGAUUUUUUUAAAUAAUUGAGAGCUCUAUUUAUUUAUGGGAAUAUUAAGUUCUGAUGAAAAUAUAAAUGUUGAAUUAAUCAGUAUAGUAAACUGAUGUUUUAAAAUUCCAUACUUUAUGGCCACACUAAUUUUUAAUGUCAUUUUUAAUGAUUGCUAAUUUUCUUUUGAUGAACAAUAACUAUUUACAGCUUUUUAAAAAUGUUAGUUAUAACAUAUCCAGUGGUUGUCUGUUUUACCCAGGAAUCCUUGGGUAUUAAUUUUCUGGGUGCAGAAGUGGAUGGGAGGGGGAGAUGAUAAAGGAACAAAUUAUAAAAGUUUGCAACAAACCUUUUUAAAUUAAAUAUGUAAAAAUAACCAUAUUUAAGAAAAAUGUUUUCUAGUGAAAUUUUAUUAGUAAUUCUAGUUAAUCAUACAAAUAUAACUAUGAUAUAGAAAGUGAACUUUUAAAAAAAUAUUUUUAACCAGAAAGUGCUUUCUUUUGGGUAUAAUCCUAAAGUGCAAUGGGGCAGUGCCUUGCAGUCCUAGCUCACUGUGUAUAGGCUGAGGUAAGAUUCUUUGUGCCACUUCAAACUUAAAAGUUUUUCAAGUAUAGAUAUGUGGGAAGCCCUGUUGAUCUUCAGCAGAGCCCCCUCCAAGCAGAUAAUGCUUCUCAAUGAUUUAUAUACUUUAAAAUAUCCAAUCGUGCCUCAGUUCUGGACAUUCUUGCCAAUGAGGAGCCAGAGCAAUUUUAGGCUGCUUUUUUGCUCUGCCCAUCUGUCACUUUCCUGCCUCUCCCUUGUUCAGGAAGGAAGCAGCUAUUCCUUUGCCAACAGGUUCUUCCUUUCCACUUCUCAUGUAACAGGGCACUGUCAUUUACACAUAGGUACAGUGUGACUCAGUUUCUAACAGUGAGCAACAACAGGACUGAAUUGUUUAACCUCUGUGGUAAAGCUUUAGCUGGAUUUGGUUACCUUGGGGAGGUUGGUUAAAUAAGGCUGGUCAUUUGCAAGAGAAAAGCAGUAGAAUCACAUAGGUAAAUCAUUGUUUAACUUAGAUUUUGUUAAGGGUAGAAUUGUAGAAUAUUCUUUGUCUUUGACAACUAAGACAGUAAGAAUAGCAAAUCACUUUCAUAUUAUACUUCCUUAUGAUACCUCAUCUAUUUUCCUUAACUAGAUAGAUGGGUGGGUGGAAGAAAGAAAGACAGGCAGAUAAAAAGAAUGGAAAGGGUUAAAAAAAAUUAAGAGACUCCAAGAUACCAAGACAAAAACCCUAUCUUACUUGUUAAGGUUAUUACCUAUGAAGACUAACAGUCACAUAGAAUUUUUAUUACUAUGAGAGUAAAUGUUACUAGUCAACUCUUGACAGUUGCCUCAGUGAAAUCCUAUCAAGGGUAAGGUUGUGACCAUGUUUAAAAUUUUCUGUUCUGGAUAAUAAUCUUCCUGUGUUCCAGUCCUGACAGUGUUCCACAAUUCAAACCUAUAUAUUCAGUUUCCUGUUGAUACCUGAUCUGCUUCCAGAGGUACUUUAAAACCCUCAACAUCUUUAAAACAAAGUUGUUGUUGUUGUUGUUGUUGUUGUUGUUGUUGUUUAUCUCUGUUCUUAAUCUGUUCUUGUAUAGUGCCUAAAUUGAUGUCAUCACUGGAACCAUCUUUGACUUUCUCUUUCUUAAUCACCAAGUAUUGUCAACUGCUUUUUAAAUGAACCUCAGAUCUCUCCCCUUCUCUAUCUAUGUUUUCCUUGAUUUAACUUAAGUUCUUGUGUAAGUGAUCUCCCUGCCUGUCUUCUCUCUUUGAUCUUCACACUGACUCUAGGGCGAUCUUUUGAAAAAUACAAACUUGAAUUUUUCACUCUCUUGUUUGAAAAUAUUCCUUUUCAUUUCCUACAGUUUAGGGAAUUUUUUUUUUUAGCCUGAUUUACAAGGUCUUCAUGAUCUGGACAUAUUCUAAAAUGGCUUCAUUCCUCCCUAAGCCCCUUCCCAGUACACAUUCUUCCUUCCUAUUCUGCGAACACUAGACUACUUGAUAUUCCUUAAAUAUUUUGUGUACUUUCUUGUGUUUUGUGCUUUUUCUUAGGUUGUUCCUUCUCCAUAAAAGGGCAUAUCCUUUUUAGUCAGGAUUUUUUUCUUUUUAUUGCAUGUAAAUUUAAGAAAGCAGUGUAAACUUACUGAUUAUAAAAUAUUUAAACAAUGUAGAUAUUUACACAGUAAAAAAAAAAAAGCCUCCCUGUUACUGUAAAAUUUAUCAUCUUGUUCCACAGGUAAUUUUUGUUAACAAGUUGGUAUAUAUUUUACAAGAUGGGUUACUUUGCAUUUCCAUGUACAUAUGUAUAUACAUGCAGGAAACACACAUUUCAUUGACAGCUCUCUUUCUUUCUCCCCAUAUCUAAUUACUUGCCAAGUCUUACUAAUUUUAUCCUCUAGAAUCCAUUCCUCAUUUUCAUCUCUGCUGCCACCCUGAUCCAGACUAUCAUCAUUUCCUUCUUAAAUAUAUGACUCCAACUCUGGUUGACUACCUAUUCAUUCUUUCGAAAGCAACUGGAGCUUUUAAAAUUGCAGAUGUGAUCCUUCCAUCUCCCAACAUUUCCUUCUUAAAGCUUUUUAUUGGCUUCUGUUGUUCUUAUGAGUUUGCCAAAAGGUUUUAAUUCUGACCUAGGAGGCCAGGAGGGAUCUGACAUUUGUCUCUUCCCUUGUUUACUGUGCUCCACCUUCAGUGACUAGCUUUCUUCUACUUAAAUACAUUAUGUUCUCUCCAAUUUUAGGUCUUUUUACCAGAUCCUUUUCCCUGAAGGUAUGGAAAAGUUUUAUUUCUAUAAAUUUAUUAUUUUUUAUAGAUAAGUUUUAAAUUAGCUAAGGCUCUAAGAGUUUAUGUGGUCAUUUACAUUACCAUAGUAUUGUUCAUAACUUCAAUCAUUGCUCCUUAUGUAGUUUAUGUAAAAAUUAUCCUUCAAAAAUAUUUUAAGGUAUUAGUAUUGCUAAUCUACAAUAAACCUUGUACAAGAAGUCCUAAAGCAAUUAACAACCUUCAGUUAUAGUAUAGUUUGUCAUAUAUAAUAAAAUUCUAUGCAAUAUUUUCCUUUAUUAUGUUUGUUAAAAACAUAGUCUAAAAUGUAAAACAUAGUGUAAAAAAUUAUAUAUAAAAUAAUUAUUGGUUGCCAAAUCCAAGCCUACUGGGUGCCAGAACCUUCAAACAUAUUUGAAAGACUGAUUGUAAUCAAGAAAAACCUGCUUUCCAGUGAUUCAAUUUAUUAAUUCAGCCCACUACACACUUACAGCAAGAGACCAUUCUUGAUAUAUUUGGCAGUACACUGGGUGCAAAGGUCAAGACUUAGGAGGGCAAUAAGACUGAAAACUUUUUUUUCCUCUGGGUAUAUUUUGAAUCAGUAGAAAAAGGGUGAAGAUUCAAGAGAGGUCAGAGAUAGGGAAAUGGUUGCCAGACAACCAGCAGAGGAAGAUGAUGUAAUCUACGAUUCCUGGAUAGCAUCAGAGAAAAGAAGAAAUAGUUGGCCUUGGAAAGGAGGACAGUAGACUUUUUUAUCUUCUGAUACUUUCUUAAAAAUUGGGAGGAAACAUCAGUAAAUAUUGGAUUGAUUUGCUGUUUCAGGAGUUCAGGAGUACAGAGAAGAUUUGUGGAAAGUAGAAAGAAUUUAUGUCUGAUUUGUUUUAUUUUUAUUUUUUAUUUUAUUUUUAUUUGAGGAAUCUAAGAUAUUUGAGGAUAGAGACAGUGAAUUUAGAAGCUUAGGUGAAAUAAAGGUUUAAUGUUGCUCUGAGAAUAUGUAAAUGACUUAAGGAUGAGUAAAAGAUUUAUUCAGCCAUUUUGGAUGCCAUGUUGCAGUUGGAUAAUAGGCACAAAGGAAGUGUGUUGAGUUGACUAGGUUUGGGAAUUUGUUAAGUGGGUACUAGGUAAAGUCCAGUUUUGCUGAAAAUAUAGUUUGAAUGAUUGGCAAAGGUGUUGAAGGUGGUCAGAGAAGUCAGCAAAGGCUGAUGGACUGGGCCUUUUUUUUUUUUUUCAAGGUCUUACCUUAUUUAAUUAGCCAUACCAAAUAUGCAGAGACUCUGGUCUUAUGUAGCAGUUUUUCCUAUAAUUUUUCAUGGCUGAUUUUGUUUAGCUAGAGAAGCAUCUUUGAAAGCAAUCCUUGAAUUCCCCUCAUUUGUGUCACGUUCACAGUGACCUAGAUAGAGUUCUUUGACAUCCAAGUAAAAAUGUUCACACAUCUAUAAUCCCAGUGAUUCAGGGGGCUGAGGCAGAAGGAUCACAAUUCAAGACCAGUAAGGGCAACUUAGAGAAACCCUGUCACAAAAUAAGAAUAGCUGGGGAUGUAGCUCAGUGAUAGAGCAUCACUGGGUUCAAUCUCUAGUACCACAAAAAAUAUUAUAUAAAAAUUAAUAAAGUAUAUGCUUUGUGACAGGCACUAUUCUGGGUGCUAAACAAAUAUAUUAAUGCAUUUAAUUUUUAUCAUUGUCAUCUGAGGUAAGUACUGUUGUGCUCUUUUUAUUUAAGGAGAAAAUGGAGAUGCAGAGCAGUUAAGUAACUUGUCCAGGAUUCUAGAACUGGGAGGUAAAGCAGUGUAUUGUGGUGGUUAAGGACAGACUGUGGAACCAGAUGGCCGUAGUGAGGAUUAAAUGGAUCAGUAUAUGUAAUGCCCUUAGAACAGUGCUCAGUGAUUUCUGUCAGAUGAUCAGCUAUCAUUGUGGUGGUGGUAAUGACUGGUGUUGUUAUUAAGAAUGUACUUUCUAAGAAAUAUUUAUCUUUUUUGCUGAAACACUUAUUUUCAUACUGAGUAGUAUGCUCUCUGCCCUUCAGGGUAGACUAUCCUUUUCUAAUAUGUUUUUGAUAUUAGAAAGUCUCACUUACACUGAGUAGACUCCUUCUUUAACUUCCACUCUUUCAUUCAUGUCCAGUUCAUUGAAAAAUGAAGAAGUCUUAUUCCUCAUUUUUAAGGUGUCCUCCUUCAAAAAUCAGAAAUUCUGAUUUUUCUCUGGUGUCUGCUUCUUGCUUCUAGAUUUUAGAAAUCUUGAGCAGUUCCUUCAGUUUACUCCCUCUGUGAAAUAAGUCAGUCACUAUUUUGGCAACCAUGAUUUUCAGAAGAUUGUGAUCCCUUCAAGACUGUAUUUGCUUUCCUGGGUCAAAUAUGAGAGAUGGUCUAAUAUCAUGAGGUUUGCCAGUAAUAAAAAUUAAUGCUAAUAUGGGUCAAGACAUUCUUUUCAGUGACUUAUGAGUUCAUUCAGUCCUCGUGAAAAACCUAAGAGGCAGGUGCUAUGAGUAUUCCCAUUUAACAGAUGAGAAAACCAGAUACAUUUUCUUAAGUCCCUAUUACUUCCUUAAUUUUUCUUUUUGGAAUUUAGUUGCUCUUUGUUUUCUCCUGAUGAUCAGAAUUUUUUUUUCUUAUUUGAAAUAAAUCCGGAUUUCCAGCUAACUAGCUGCUUGUUAAUUUUGUUAGCAUUGUUACUUCUAUUUUGAAUCAAAUGAUAUGUUUAUUUAAAAUGAUGCCUUUAGAUAUCAGAGGAAGGCAUUGGAAGAAUUUUUAAUAGGUAAAAAAAUUAAAAUGUAUAAAAGGAAAUAAUACUUCACAGCUUUACAUAUUUUAAACUGAUGUGUUACUUGUUAUGAUAAGGAAUACUCAAACUACAAAUCUUGGGAAUUUUUUUGUUUUCUUUAAAUAUAAAUAUAUUAAAAUAUAUAUAUAUAUAUAAACUUCAUUACAAUAUGAGUAUGCAUACACCCACACAUCUGUUUGUUAUGUUUGGUUUAUACACCAUCAAAUUGAUUUAGGUUUUCUUAAAUGUAUCAUUCCUAGGGAAACAAAGACAAGAACCAGUUUGAUCCUUCCUUCAUUCCUCCUGCCCACAAAACUAUAAGUUAAAAGUAUGUAAUUUUUUAAAGGAAAAAGUAACAAGAUUCAAAGAAUGAUCCAAAACUUCUUAUUACCUAAAUACUAACAAGCUUGACUUCUUUUUUUACAGGAAGUUCUCCCCAGAGAUAGAGAUUUAAAGUCAGGGAAACCAAGCAAUCCUUAAACUUUCCCCUUCUUCCUCUCUUUUUAACUGUGCUUCAUAGAAAAUCAGUGAAAGGACUCAAAAAAGAAAACUUCCUUUGUAAUACAUUCUGGAAUUGAUACUAGACUUAAAAUUUCACACUGUCUUGCCCCUGUAUUUAAGUUUUUGAAACUAACUAUUGAAAGCCACAAUGUGUUCCAAAAGGUUAGUAUCAUUUUUAGAAGUUGAAUAAAUAUUUGCAAAACA